GGAUAUAGUCUCAUAAUUAUGGAAUCAAUGUGGAUAUGUGGAGUGCGGCGUGUAUCAUAGCUGAAAUGGUAACCGGUCAACCUUUAUUUCAUGGCAAUUCUGACUUUCAAGUCCUGACUAGAAUUGUAACUAUUCUUGGUAGACCCACUGAAGAUGAAUGGAAGAAUUGUUCAUUGAGCGAACAUUAUCCAUUUAACGGAAGUCUCUAUCAAUUUUCUACCGAAAGUAAAAGAGAGAACCUUAAGAUCGCACUAAAAGGGCGAAUGGAUGAUGUUGGAUUGGAUUUGAUGAUGAAGAUGCUAGAAUAUAACCCUCAUUCCAGAAUUUCCGCCCAAGUUGCCUUGUCACAUCCUUGGUUUGCCGAUGUCGAUUAUAGAAAACUAGAUUCCCUUGGUGUUACUAAUUCACUCACAAACUCUAUGAGGGGAAUGUUUGGCAAAAAAAUUGUGGAUGUUAUGGAGGAAAGGUCCAAAGGUAUAUUGACCACUACGCUUCUAUCACACCUAUUGCAUAAGAAGGCAUCAAUGAAAGAUCAUAUCAUUGAUGCUAUUGAGAGAGAUUAUACAACUGUUACCCACAAUAUGAAAUGUUACGGGUUACCUGUCCUAAUACGAAGCACUGAGCCGGAUAAAUGAUGGAAUCGGCUGGAGGUCUGAGAAACAAAUGGUUCAUAAUAAGCUGCAACAAACGGUAACUACA